CACAAGGCUGCCGUACCCGACGUGGCGUACAGUCCUGACGGCCGCCUGAUGGUAUCGGCGUCCCUGGACGGGUCUGUACGACUGUGGGACGCGGCCACGGGGGAGCCCAAGGCGGCGCUGGCGGCGCCGCCGGCGUUGUGUCUGUCGUACAGCCCUGGCGGCGAGCUGAUGGCCACUGGCGGCGACGGCGGCGGCGUGUGUUUGUGGGACCCGAGUACUGGAUUACAACGUGGAGUACUUCAGGGGCACAGGGACUCGGUGGCGGCAGUGGCGUUUAGUUCCGACGGGGCGCUGCUGGCGUCCGGCGGCAGGGACAAGAUGGUUCGGUUAUGGCAAACGGAACGCUGUUCCAAGGUGGCGGACCUCAAGGGGCACACCGGGCCGCUGCUGGCGCUGGCUUUUUCGCCCGAUGGUGCCGUACUGGCGUCAGCAGCACAUGACGAUGCCGUACCACGGCUGUGGAACGCAGCGGAAGGCCGGCUGCAGGCAGCCCUUGAGGGGCAUCGACAAGGGGUCCUCAGUUUGGCGUUUUCGCCCGCCGGCGGCCUGCUCGCCACCGCCGCCGACAAUGUACGGCUCUGGGACGCGGCCAGUGGCGCGGCGCGUGGCGCACUGACGGAUCACAUCUUCCCCGUCGCCGCCGUCGCGUUCACGCCCGACGGCGGUACACUGGUUUCCGCCGAUACCUCCCAUACGUUGCGGCUCUGG